AUCCUCCCACGCGCGCCUCCUUCCUCGCCGCCGCUGAGCCUUCUCGGUGCCACUGGCUCUCAUGUGUCGGUAGCCCACCCCGCAUCACCCUCUCCGCCUCACUUCUAGGGGGAAGUGAGUGUCUCCCCUGUGCGCCUUCCAUCCGGACCGCCGCGGCAAGUCGGUCGUGCCCGCCCGCUGACGUCACCUGCUAGCUCCGCCUCCUCAAGGGUCCCGGGCCCUUGCGGCGGGGGCUACCAGGGGGAGUCAGUUGAGGCGGCCGUAGCUCGGCGGAGGGCGGGCCAGGUGACUGGUCCAGGCCAUGCCGAGGAAGAAGCCCUUCAGCGUGAAGCAGAAGAAGAAGCAGUUGCAGGACAAACGGGAGCGGAAGCGAGGGCUUCAAGAUGGGCUGCGCUCCAGUUCCAACAGCCGCAGCGGGAGCCGGGAGCGGCGGGAAGAGCAGACCGAUACCUCGGAUGGGGAAUCUGUAACCCAUCAUAUCCGCAGGCUCAACCAGCAGCCUUCCCAGGGCCUGGGUCCGCGAGGCUACGACCCAAAUCGAUACCGGCUUCAUUUUGAGCGGGAUAGUCGGGAGGAGGUGGAGAAGAGAAAAAGAGCAGCCCGGGAGCAAGUGUUACAGCCUGUCAGUGCUGAGGUGUUGGAACUGGACAUCCGGGAGGUCUAUCAGCCUGGAUCAGUCUUAGACUUUCCCCGACGUCCUCCUUGGAGCUAUGAGAUGUCCAAGGAGCAGCUAAUGAGCCAAGAGGAACGAAGCUUCCAGGAGUAUCUUGGGAAGAUACAUGGGGCUUAUACUUCGGAGAAACUCAGCUACUUUGAGCACAAUCUAGAGACGUGGAGGCAGCUGUGGCGAGUGUUAGAGAUGUCUGACAUUGUCUUGCUCAUCACUGAUAUCCGUCAUCCAGUUGUGAAUUUCCCACCAGCACUUUAUGAGUAUGUGACUGGAGAACUUGGUCUGGCCCUGGUACUGGUCUUGAACAAGGUAGAUCUGGCUCCACCGGCUCUUGUGGUUGCCUGGAAGCAUUAUUUCCACCAACACUAUCCUCAACUCCACAUCGUCCUUUUCACUUCUUUCCCUCGGGACCCUCGCACCCCACAGGACCCUAGUAGUGUCUUGAAAAAGAGUCGGAGGCGGGGGAGAGGAUGGACUCGGGCCCUGGGGCCAGAACAGUUGCUGAGAGCCUGUGAAGCCAUCACUGUGGGGAAAGUGGACUUGAGCAGCUGGCGGGAGAAGAUUGCUCGGGAUGUGGCCGGGGCCACCUGGGGCAAUGGCUCUGGGGAGGAGGAGGAAGAAGAGGAUGGGCCAGCAGUUCUGGUGGAACAGCAGACUGACUCAGCAAUGGAGCCAACUGGCCCAACGCGGGAACACUACAAGGAUGGGGUGGUGACCAUCGGCUGUGUGGGUUUUCCCAAUGUGGGGAAGUCCUCACUGAUCAAUGGACUGGUGGGGCGGAAGGUUGUGAGUGUCUCCAGAACCCCAGGCCACACCCGAUACUUUCAGACCUACUUUCUCACCCCGUCUGUGAAGCUCUGUGACUGCCCAGGCCUCAUCUUCCCCUCCUUACUGCCCAGGCAGUUGCAGGUUCUGGCUGGUAUCUACCCCAUCGCCCAGAUCCAGGAACCCUACACUGCUGUGGGCUACCUGGCCUCCCGGAUCCCUGUGCAGGCCCUGCUCCACCUGCGCCACCCAGAGGCCGAGGAUCCCUCAGCAGAACACCCCUGGUGUGCGUGGGACAUCUGUGAAGCCUGGGCAGAGAAACGUGGUUACAAGACAGCCAAGGCAGCUCGGAAUGAUGUGUACAGAGCUGCUAACAGCCUCCUGCGGUUGGCAGUGGACGGCCGCCUUAGUCUGUGUUUUCAUCCACCAGGCUACAAUGAACAGAAAGGCACUUGGGAGUCUCAUCCAGAGACCACGGAGCUGGUGGUUUUGCAGGGCAGGGUGGGACCAUCAGGUGACGAGGAGGAGGAGGAAGAGGAAGAGCUGAGCAGCUCCUGUGAGGAGGAGGGAGAGGAGGACCGGGAUGCAGAUGAGGAGGGAGAAGGGGAUGAGGACACCCCAACCUCAGCUCCAGGGUCCUGUCUGGCCGCCCGAAACCCUUAUGCCCUACUGGGUGAGGAUGAGUGCUGAGUCCCCGCCUAGUGUCAUCUUCCCAUUAUCUUUGCUUUUGGACUGACCUGGAGGCAUCUCCCCUCUGCCACCCCAAUUGUGAAUAAAGAUUGUCUGCUUUGUAGCCCCUUCCCCAAGUGAACUGAGGUGAGAGCGGUAGUUAUGGGCUGACAGAUAUGGGAGACUUCUCUCCUCUUCUCUCUUCUAUUCUCAUGCAUUCUCUUUGCGAAGGAAAGUUCUCUUAGGAAUUAAUUCAGUGGGUUCUUAGGCCCUCUGCCCACUUUUUACUUCGCACCUUAAGAAUCCAUAUUCCACAUGGAGAGAAGAGGUCUAAAUUCAACCCUCCUUUGGAGUUUGUGCCAUUCAACCUGAUUUGAGCUACAGCCCUGUGCGCCCCCUGCUGCCAUACCUGGGUUAUACCAGGAGCUUCUGGGAGAAGAAGCAGUAAGAGGAGUCAUAAACUAACAUCUCCAAGUGAGGUUUUUACAGGAAUUUUUCAGAUUCAACAAAUAUUUAUUGAGGGUUUACCAUGAAUCUGUACAUGUGCUAAGUACUGAUCAUAUAAAGAUGCACAAGCAGGGCCUGGGCUAAAUUUGAAGCGUGGCCACAAUCAAGACCCCAAACCCAAGUUUUUGGAUUAAGCAUGGUGUAUAAUCCUGGGGGCUCAUGCAGUAUAAUUAUAGGACUUUCUAUUGUUAUAGAUUUUUAGUUAAGACAAAAUACUUGUGAAAACAUUGAUGAAAUGUGUACGAGUAGAGAAUUACUGCCAAACAACUGAUGUGCACAUUUAUGAUUUGAGCAGAAUAGCCCUUAAAAUACAGCAUUAAGUUUCAUUCUUUAAAAGCUUGGCAACUAACAGUGUAAAAAGCACAUAGGGGAGGGCACAGAAAUAGCCUCUGUAGUCCAUUUACCAAAGAUGACCCAGUUCAGGGUCUGAGCUAGAAGUUAGCAGGUGGCCAGAGCCAUCUUAGGGUGUUAUUUCUGCAUUUCAGCAGAGGUCUGCUCUUUUGUGAGUCAGGGGUCCUUAGGCCUUGCUGGGCUUCACCCUUGCUAAGCAAACAACUAGACUCUUAGGUUGAAUUCCUGGAGAGAAGUAAGACUGAGCUGUAUUUUAUUGACUGCCAUAACAUCUUCUGGGGUGGGUGGUAGCAAAAAGUGUAGUUUUCUGAGUUAACCACUAGGUAUAGGGGUGAGAAGACGUGAAAGGAUCAGAUCCUCUUUGACUCAGAAGCAUCACAUUGAGUUUCUGGGUCACUGAGCAAUUUCUUUAAUGCCAGCAGAGACCCUGUCAGUCUAGAAGUAAAGGAAACUACAUUGAGAAGAGGCCAAGGUGUUUGGGUCACACAUUCUGUCAAGUUCCUUUGAUCCAGUGAGGACAGAAGUCCUGCAAUUUGCAUUGUAGUGCAAAGUUUAAAUAAAACCAGCAUGUGAAUGCGCUUGAAGGCUACCCAGAAUGUGCUAGAAAAGAGAAAAAGUCCUAUUUUAGAGAAUAAUUCGCCUAUCUCAUCUGGGGGCUCAGCCUCAUGAAUAGGUUUUUAAUGAAGGAAAGGGGAUUCCCAGCUCAGCUGAGUUCAUGAUAUACAGAGAUACUCAGGCAACUUCUGUGCUGUAGGAGUUGUGGUGGAGACAUUGGAUUAAUUUCACUUGUCUUGAUCUUUUGCUGUCUCAUAAGUUUCACCAGGAGCAUCUAGGGCUAGGGAUGGAGUUCUGAUCAGUAGCUGGGUGGGCUUGGGGAACUGUGGAGGAGGAUUUUAUGCUGAGAACCUGGCAGGAGGUAACUCUUACAUCCCCAAGGGCUAGACUGUAUGUGAUUUCCUGGGCCCCUGUCAGUGACUCAGUCCACAUGAAAAUAGCACCAGGAAAGAACUGUCUUAGGGACAAAGAGGUCAGGGAGAAGGAUAAUAGUGCUCUAACAUUAGUGUCUAAGACUGAGGUUAAAACUUAUUCAGAGGACAAAGGAAACCAGGGUCUAGUCUCCCUUCUAUGCUGAACUACCUAGGACACCUGUCUUCACACCCCUCUUUCCUGGGUCAUGUCCACUAAGUGGAUUACUUGACCAUGGAGGUCUGAAGCUCUGGCAGUACCCACAGCUUGCCAGUCUCUUGGAGAGAAACUGGGGCUUCUCUCAUCCAUGCUGGAAUUUCAUUUAGACACUAUCUUUUUCCCAAUCUUCCCUUUUUCCAGAUUGGGUUCUAGUCUUGAUCUGAAACAAGUCUAUGUGUGGACCAGGGAGGUUCAAUUAUCUGAGCCUCUUGUUUCAUUUCUUAAACUCAUUAAUAUAGUCAACAAAAACUGGUUGAAAACAGUAUUACCAGACAUGCUGAGUUCUGGGACAAAAACAAAAAUUGAACAAAGUAUUGACCCUACCCUCAAGGAGUUGAACUGCCAGACACUAAAUAGUAAAAUAAAUGUAGCACUAUAUAAGUUAUGAAAGUGUAACUUGUCUUGUAUCCAUUGAACUGUCAUACCUAAAGUGGAUAAUAAUCACCCCAAGGAUUCAUUGACCCACUGACCAUUUUUUUGAGCAUUUACUGUGCCAGUUACUGCUAAGUGGUAAGUGGGUAGAAGCAGUCUUUUGUGGAGCUCACAAUUUAUUGGAGAAUAAAGACAAUUAAGUAGACAAUUUUUAAUGUGGAGGAAAAUUAGACAACUUUUUAAAAAGUGUGAUAAGUUCUGUGAGAAGGGUGGUAUAAGAUCCCUUGGGAUAGUGGUGUCUCCAUAAGAAUGUAAAUAAUUGCUGUGAGAACAACCAAUAGGAGCAGCUAAGCUAGUCUUGGUGAGUCAGAGAAAGCCUCCUGCAGGGACAGAGAGGUCCAAGCUGAGCCCUGAAGACUGAGAAGGAAUUAGGCUGAUGUGGAAGAGGAAAAUAUUCCAGGCUAAGGAGAUGACAAAGGUAGAGAACAAAACUUGGGAAGGCUAACAUAUUCAACAUAGCUGGGGCAGAGAGUGUGUGGAAAAGUGGGGGAAUUUGAAGAUGAGAGUGGAAGGUUUGGUCCAGCUCUGUGGGGCCUUCUCAGCCAUGUUUAAAAUGUAGACUACCCAGAAGAACCUUGAAGAACUUUAACCUUAAGAUUAAAAAGGAGAGAGUUAAUUGUGCCUUAGAUCACUGGGUGCAGUGUGGUAACUGAUUUGGAAAUGGGGAGAGAGAUCAGAAACUUUUGUAGCCAUUCCAGGAGGAGAGAAUGGAAGCUAGAAACAAGAUAGUAACAGAUGGAAAGAAGAUAGUUUAUGAAACACUUGGGAGGUAGAAUUGACAGGUGUUGGGAUAGUUUUGCCGUGUGGGGAAGGAAGAGGGUAAGUCAAGAGUGCACAUUCUGUUUCUGAUUUGGCAAUUGGACGGGUGGGCUGUUUCCUGAGACAGGGUUUAUGUAAGUGGAGCUUGGAGAGAGGUCAAAGUUUUGGACAGAGAUCUGGGCAUAUCAAGAUAUAGGUGGGAGGAGAGUAACAGAUCAUCUACAGAGAGAAUGUAGCUUGAGACGAGAACUUGGUCGAGGAAGAAAGUGCAUAAUGUAUGAAAGGACAGGCAGGGAAAGAGGAGCCAGUGAAACCGAGAAACCUAUUUAGUGGAGAGCCAUGAAACCAAGGGAAGGGGAGGAACAAAGAUGGGCACAGCAUGGAUUGCUGAGGGUGAUGAAACAAAGAAUGAAGAGCUUUCACUGGCAACAAAGGAUGCUUUGACCAUCUUGAUGAAUUCCAUUGGAGAGCUGAGGAGAAAGAAGUGGGGAUAUAAAUUUCAAGAAGUUUGAUUGUGAUUGCAAUGGAAAAAAUGGAGCAGAACACGUAAGAAUUGAGGAACUUCUUUGUUGUUUAAAUUUGGAGUGUUUUAAUGUGCUUUUAGGCAGAAGGAUUCCCUGGAAGAGAAAGGUUGAAAAUGCAGGAAGGUGGGGAUUGGUGAUGGAACAAGCCUUGGAGAGAGGCAGGGUGGUCCUGGAGUCCCAGUGCAGGAGUAGCCUCAGGCAGGAGCUGUGUGUGGCUUCUGUCAUGAGAGGAGGAAACAGCGCUGACAUUCAGCCGUCUUGCACUGGUACCGCUCAACCAGUUAUUAAAACACUUCUGUACCAGUUAGUAAGUAGUAUAAGAGUAACUGCAAUAAGCAGUAAAAAUAAUUUGUAAGUGGGCUUCCCGCUGCAUCUGAGAAGCUUUGCAGCGCCAUCUGCCGGUGCGGCAGCAUCACUGCAGGCUGAGAGAUUGCUUUGCACUUUCUUUAUUAAACACUAAAACUGCCUGUUUAAAUUAUCUUUGAACUGUGGAGCUGCUACUGCUUCUAAACAGUUUAGCUUCUUUCUUGAUUUUAUUGCUAGUACAUUGUCAUUCUUGUGCCAGUAGCAAGUUUCAGUGUUUUAAUAUUUACAAAUUCGAGAAUUUUUAAUAAAAUAUUAAAGCCAAACUUGAAUGAA